CGUUAAUUAAUUACAAAUGUCUGAUAUGUGGAUGUCAGCGGAUCGAUGCAUCUGAGAGUUGACUGAAUCCAGCAGGAAACACGUGAAUGAUCCUGAUGUUCCUGAUGUUCCUGAUGUUUGUGAUGAGCAGGUGAACACAUGAUGGAUAUUUGUCUCAUUUAUCUCUGCGCAGUUAAACCGCCUCUGCAGACGGAUCACGAUGUAAACGCACCCCUCGUCGCUGAUUGGCGGAGAGGUUUUAGCGCGGCGUGCCGUAGCCAAUCGGGGGAUUGUUUUCCUGUCACGUCGAUGCACGGAUAGUAAGCUAACGGGUAAUACAAACACAAACUCAAACAAACAGCGCGGGUUGCGUGUCCACACGGAGCAGCUGCGGAGGGUCUGAGUGUCUGCAGCGACUCGUUCUACUGGGACCGGUCCCCGCGAGGAUGUGAUGCCGCCAGCGCCGCGAGGACACAGCAACUGGGUAACGUGAGCUAACUGACGUUAGCAUUAGCCUGCUAGUUUUAACGUUGCACAAGGCCGCGGAGAAACAGGAGAGCUGCUUCCUGCUCCGGCUGCACCGAGGAUGUAGGUGACGUUACGAGACCAGGAACAAAAUCACAACCGCGAUCUGACCAAGUGGUUCCGCUCAGUUACUCAAUUGCAUUUGUUUUAGUAGAGCUUUCGGGCUAGCUAGCUUGUUAGCUAUUUUGCUAGCUAGCUAGCAUGAGUGAAGUGACGGACUCCAAACAGUCCGCUGACUCUGCGUCGAGGAAACGGUGUCCAUCCCCCGACCAGGACGAGGGAGCUGCGAUUCCCAGCAAAUCCACAAAAGUUAGCGACGCCUCAGAUGGAAUCGGAGUCACUUCGGAAAGUUGUAAAAACAGUGAAGCCGAGAGCAAAGACACAGCUGCACGCGAGUGUGAAGGCAGCGUGGAGCAGCCAGCUGCCGUGCAGACCGACCACACUUCCGACAGCACGAGUGGCUCCCUGCCUGUCAACAAGCCCCACGCUGACGGCCACGAUGCCAGGAACACCGAGAAGCCGCAGUCCUCCGGUGCACGGCCCCCCGCUGAGGCGAGGGAAGCUGCAAACAAGACGACGGGAGCCGAGCAGCGUCCCGCGGCGCCUCUGCAUCAGUCCGACUCAGCGGCCAUAGCAGCCGCCGAGGCACUGGCCAGUCUCACGGGACGAGACGGGGAGAACAGCAGAGAGACCCCUUGCUCGUCUGAAAAGGCUAAACAGGUGAAACCGGCGAGCAAAUUCAAACAACGCGGGGGCCACCAGCAGUCCCCCCGAGCGGGCUCCAGAACCCAGGCGGCUGCAGCAGACAGCUCCACAUCUGUGCACAGCACCGACAGAGAAGAUGCAGAUGAGGCGGCCGAAGCAGAUGAAGGGGACGACUCGAUCUCUGGAUCUUCGUCCACACCGAGCUCCUCUUUCCCGUCGGACAAUGAGGACAACGAGGACGGGGAGUGUGCCAUUGUGUCGGUGAAGAUGGCCCCUGAGAUGAGGCAGUCAGUGGCCCUGCUGGCUCAGGUGCAGAUGAGACUGGAAGCCCUCGAGAAGAAAAGUGCCCGGCUUCACCAGCGGCUGGAGCUGAAGAUCAGUCGUCUGAGACGGCCACAUCUGGAUCAGCGCAGCUCCAUUACUAAAACAAUCCCCGGCUUCUGGGUCACAGCUCUGUUGAACCAUCCACACCUCUCGGCCCACAUUGAUGAGACUGAUGAAGAUGCUCUUAGUUACAUGACGGAUCUGGAGGUAGGAAAUAUUGAGUCUUUCAAGAAUAAUAAACUUGGCUACAGGAUCCGAUUCCACUUCAGGCGGAACCCGUAUUUUCAGAACAACAUCAUCAUGAAGGAGCUGCACCUCGGGAUGGGAGGAUCUCCCAUGUCCUUCUCCAACCCCAUCCUGUGGCAUCGUGGGCAAAACCUGACGGCCCAGAGCGAACCCCGGAAGUCGUCACGUGGCGUCUACCAGACGUUUUUCAGCUGGUUCAGUGACCAUAGCAACCCAGGGCAGGAUGACGUAGCACAGAUACUUAAAGACGACCUGUACAGAGACCCACUGAGAUACUACCUCACUCCACUGUGGGAACCACGGGAGAACGGCAGUAGUGGGAGCGGACCCAGAGCAGCUGAUAACGGAAAUGGAGAUGAUUGUGUGGUAAUCUCCGACUCGGAUGAUGAUCCCGGCGAGGACACUGGUGAGGCUGAACAAGGCCACAGUAGGGGGCGAGAAGAGGAGGAUCAAGAGGAGGAAGACGAAGAGGAGGAAGACGAAGAAGAAGAAGAGGAGGAGGGGGACCGGGGGCCAAGUGCAGGGAAAACUGAUCAGACAGGAAACGUCACCUCCUCAGAUGAGAGCCCAGAGGAGGAGGAUGAUGCUGGAGAAAUAGUGAUUGACGGCUCUGAUGACAGUGACCAGGAGGAGGAAGAGGAUGAAGCCUAGGAUGAAGAGGUUAUCUCUGACAGAAGUCUUUGAGGGACCAGAGACCAAGAAGACGAACAGGAUGCUGAAUCAAUUUAAAAAGUACCAGAAUCCUUCUUCCUGAUGUUAGUUAUUAUGCACAGAAUAUCAGAUCUUGUGUUUUUUUUAUACCUAAAAUUAAUAGAAGCAUUUUAAAUCAGGGUUCCCUGUAAUAAUGAAGCCAAGGCUGCAUGUUUCCCCUCUAUUUUAUACAGUUGGUACUGUGUAUUCUGAUGUACUCUGAUUCUCCUGUGUGCAAACAUGUGUUUUUCUACAAGCGCUCCAUGCAAGUGUUCUUCUAUUUAUUGAAGAUCACAGCGUACUUCAGCCUACACGCACUCACUCGCGUGGGUUAGACUUUAAUUGCCGUCAUUAAAUAAAAUCCAAGGCAUCGUGAUUAUUAGAUAUUUGCAUAAAGUUCUGGCUGUUUUUAGACGUGACGUGUGACAGAGACAAAAGUGUCACUAACAGAAUUGGACAUCAUGACAGUACGUUUCAGACGCACCCAGUACUGAACCAAAAUUUGUUCUCAGGGAUGAUCAUGGUGGUAGAUUUACCGAAAAAGAACUUUACUGCUUCUCAGACAUUUACACACUCUGGAUAUUGUUGGCUGUGUAUAAGGUAACGUGUACUCUACUGUAGUAAAUAGGAACAAAUAUAAUACCUGUGUUUCUCCCUCCUCUUCUGUAUGUUCAGUCUUGUCCCACAUCAGCCUCCACCCCCUUGUUAGCCAUCUCCGAUGUUUAAAGUCAUUGCAUAGUUUGAUCAAUGUUUCUGUGGAUUUUUUUUGUAACACACCCUUAUAAUAAGUAGUAAUAAUGUGUUUUGUAUUAUCUUUUUACAUUUCUUUAGAUUGUAAAUUAAUUUGAAUUUGCUUUCUGAAACAUUUAAGGUUUAUUUCCAUGUUGUAUGUCAUAGGAAUUUUUUUCGCUGUCUUUCGACAAAGAUGGUAUUUAUUAUGUUGAUGUUUUUUUUUUUUCUACAUGUCCACAUCAUGGCAUGCCCGUGAGCAUGAAAUAUAAGACAGGAAGAUUAUGACCUACGAGGCUGCGUGGAGGAAAAGCACAGUGUCGGUAAAUGUAGUUUAACUCACAGCAACACAAUGAGGUGCACUCUUAACAGAACUAGAAUUUGCUUACUUUUCUUAGCAAUGAACUUGUAAAUAGUAUUUCAGCGUUGUCUUUUGGAUAAGACUGUACACAUGUUUAAUUAAUGGAUACAUUUAUCAGAUAAUCUGGAGUUUUUUCAUGAACAUGAUCAGAAAGUUAUAUUUUGUGUGCCGUGUUUUAUAGAACACUGUAGUUUAAAGAUACCUACUCGUUUGUUGCUUUGGUUGAUUUUGUUUGCUUGGAGAUAAAUGUCCACCUUUUGACUCAGACUUAAUAAAGUAGGCAGUUGUUUCA